AUGUCCUGGUCGGACAUGCCUCAGCCCGCCGAAGAUGAGUUCAGCAGUUUCCUCGAAUUCGGUUUCCCGGAUCUAGAGGGGCAGCACGGACCGACAGAUCACAUCCCUUCUCGCUCUGUCGCCCACCAAGUCGCUGGAAUGGCCACCUCGACCGCUCCGCCCCAGCAACAACAGGUGGUAUGCCUGGAUUCUGAUGGUGUCACCGAUCAAUCGCAAUCGUACACCCGCAUGCUAGGCGAUUUCUCCGUCGAGAUCGCUAGCCACGGGCAACAGGGAAUACCACAUAGCUCGUCAUACUCAAAUGGCCCAAUGACACCGGCAUUCUAUACCCAAAAACCCCAGAUGUUUCACUCUGCUCAAAUUCAGCAACAGGCGCAGCCGCAAUCCUCCCAGCCUUAUAUUCCGCAGGGUCAAAUGAUAAUUCCGCCCACCCCCAACAGCAUUGAACUUCAUGGCAAUGCAGCGCCCUAUCCGCAGCGCGUCGGUGAUAAUCCGGAAAUUUACGAUCGAUAUUCUCGAAUGAUGGAGGAACAGGCUCUUUAUACCCCCCUUGUUUCUCCAGCGAUGACUCCCUUAGAAUCUCAAUUCAGACAGCCAGAAUACACUAUUCCCGGUGAAUACUUCAGUCCGCUUAGUUCGCCAGCGAUCGAGGCUCAACACACCAACAAUCCGAACGGGUUUCCUAUCCAUUCUGGUCCCCUAACAGAAGUUAAUUUCGUACCCUCGCCUAUUGACAAUAGUUUUCCUCUAUCGUCUGCCCCAUCCUCUCCGGGUCUGACACGGAAAAACCGGCGACGGCCGUCAGUUGCCGGCAAGUCUUUCCAGUCUCGGGCUAGGAAACAGCAAUCUCCAUCAGUUCGACCUAUGGUGCGGACGAAAUCUCGCUUGACGGACGAGGUUAUGAGUACCCUUACAGAAGGCCAAGUUAACCCUACUUCGCAUCCCCUAAACGGUACUGUGUCACAUUUCGGCAGUGCGGAGAGCUCGGGCCAGGAUUCAGUAUCCCCAGAGCCACUCUCUGAACCAUUGAUGCCACCACCAGCAUUACCACCCGCUCGGAGGUCACCUGCAAUUGCUCCGCAAACUCAGCAACAGCCAAACCCUAGCGAACCUGCGACGCCCGCCAUGUUAAUGCGUAUGCAGCGAUCACCGCACGCUCGGUCUGCCCCAGAUCAUAAUUUGACUCCUACUCAACAACCGAUGGCCCAACCACAGGACGAGGUGAUGGAGGAUGUCGUACUUCCGGAGGCAGCCAAUCCGCAAGCCCAUCUUUUCAGGCCACAGGUGGCUCGCAUAGAUACGGCUAUGCCGACAAGCACCUCAUCUCCUAACAUGCCGGUCAACGCCACGACGCACCCAGACACUCAUUCCGCCUCGCUUUCUGAGAGUAAUCACGCGUCGGUCGCUCCGAGCCCGCGUUCUGUUGCUAUGCCGUCUCCCAGUGGUCCCGCUCCCAGGAAAUCUGACACGCCGAAGCUAGGUCCCAUGGGCAGGAAGCGACAGAGUCUUAGUUCCUCGCAUCCCAGUCCUAGCUUGCGGCCUAAAAUCAGUCCCAAUAUUCAACCACUGGUUUCCGGCGAUACAUCAGCCGCAUAUCUAGCCGGUUUAAAAUCCAACUAUCAACAAAUCCUGGAGGGAACGCUCCUUCCUGGCGUCUCAUACCCGGAAACCUUGGCCGAGAACCUAAGCUCAAAGCGAACAAAUCACAAGCUUGCAGAGCAGGGGCGACGGAAUCGCAUAAACACUGCUCUUAAAGAGAUCGAAGCUCUCAUUCCGGCAGCUUACGUUCAGAUGAAACUCAAUAAGGAAGCAGCGACAUGCAAUGGAAAGACCGAGAAGGAGAAAGAAAAGGCCGGUAACCAGCAAAUUAGCAAAGCGAGCACCGUGGAGAUGGCUAUUGACUAUAUUAAAUCGCUCCAGGCGGAGCUCGGUGCGACGAAGACAAAACUCGCAGCCGCCGAGGCUAAGCUGGGCACGAGCGAGACGAUCAGAGAGACUGAUGGAAGUAAUGGUGUACAAACCGGAGAGAAACAACCAGGCGAAUCCAAUGCGGUCAACCAAAGUUCUGAGCUGAACCACUCUCAGUCCUCAACUAUCGAAGGACCUUGA